GAGAAUUGUAAGCGUGACAAAAACAACAAAGCCGAGGCGCAUUUCACAAUAAUUAAAUGUUUUUCGAUCAAUUGCGGCGCGCUUAACCCAGCAAAAGCGAUUGCAAUGAGUGAAUUAAGGACCCAGUGACCGGAUAAAGACGACCAGUGAUUGUGAAGCGCCAGCGGCGCUGCGAACUAAGCAAAAAUACGGCGAGCGAAAACGCCGACCGCAUAACCUGUACGUGUACGCAAGGCAAGGCGAAUGGAGGGCGGCAAGGGCAAGAGAAUGAAGGCGGAGGAGGCGCCAAGCAAGAAGUUGCCGCCUAAAAUUUACGGCGGCGAUGCGGGCACCCCCACGAAGGCGGCCCACGACGAGAUCCUCAGCUCGCUGCUGCGGAUCAACAACUUUGAUUCGAUAUCGAGCAUCAAGGACGAGUCGCUGGACAUCGAUCUGUCGGCCUGCGUGACCAUCAGUUCGGCCAGCUUCGUCAAUGGCAAUAGCCUCUCCUCCACGGACUUCUGGCGCGUCCUGGACGAGAGUGCCCAGAACAACACCGAGCUGAAUCUCUCCUCGGACGUCUGCCGCGAUGACCUGGCGGCGGCCAGCAGCUCCUCCGCCGCCGUGUCCAGCAGUUUGGCCAGUGAUAACCACUCCGGCUCUGAGUUUAAUGUGACUUUCCUGCGUCCUGAGCCACCGAACGCCUUCACCAACUCACCCUUCAAGAAGACCUCUUCCAGUGGUGCAUCCACGCCCCUGAAGCUAUCGCCAGAGCAGAUUCAGCAGCAGCAGAUGCAAAUGCCCCAGUUGCUGCAGCGCAGCAAACCCAAGCUGCCGGCGGCAACGGCGGUGCGUUUAAAGGUUUUUAAGGAGGAGCCGCCCGAGGAGAAGCACCCGCCAGAGCAAGUGGUCACCAAGGUGGAGCUGUGCGAGUCCGAGCUCCUGCCGCCGUCGUUCACCAUCUUCCAGCAGACCAAGUCGGCUGAGGCGGUUGCCGCAGAUGCGGUCAGCAUGCCGCCACCAUCAGUCGCUUCGGAAGCCAAGCCCUUCGAGGUGGAUCCGGCACCGCUGAACAAGUGCCUAGACUGCAAUGGGAUGCUGCUGGAGACGCCGGAUGAAGUGGCCAAGCACGAGGCGGCAAACCAUCGGUUGAGGCUUACCUAUCGCUGUAGCGAGUGCCAGCGGGAGUUUGAGGUGCUGGCUGGAUUGAAGAAGCAUCUGAAAACGCACCGCACCGAGGGACGCAAGGACACCUGGAAGAAGUGCCCCGACUGCGGCAAAUGCCUCAAAUUGGGCAGUAUGUGGAUGCACCGGAAAAUCCACAGCGAUAAUAAGAAAUACCAGUGUGACAUCUGCGGACAGAAGUUUGUUCAGAAAAUCAACCUAACGCACCACGCUCGGAUUCACUCAUCGGAGAAGCCGUACGAGUGCCCCGAAUGUCAGAAGCGAUUCCAGGAGCGCUCCCAUCUGCAGCGCCACCAGAAGUACCAUGCGCAGACGCGUUCCUACCGCUGCGAGAAGUGCGGCAAGAUGUACAAGACGGAGCGCUGCCUGAAGGUCCACAACCUGGUGCAUCUGGAGCAGCGACCCUUCGCCUGCACCGUGUGCGACAAGAGCUUCAUCAGCAACUCAAAACUAAAGCAACACUCUAAUAUACACACUGGCAUGCGGCCCUUCAAGUGCAACUACUGUCCGCGCGACUUCACAAACUUUCCCAAUUGGCUGAAGCACACGAGACGCCGUCACAAGGUGGACCACAAGACGGGCGAACAUCUCGAGAACAUUCCUUCGUACUGCUCGAAAAAGUCAACGACCAACAAGGCUCAAAAGGCUGCGGCAGCAGCAGCAGCGGCAGCGGCGGCGGCUACAGCAGCUGGAGCAGGGAAUCCCGGUGACGUUUCCGCUUCUGUUGAACCAAAAGUCAAACCCAAUCUUGCACCUACGCCAGCAGCGGCGCCCCCAAAACAGGCACGCAAAAAGAAGCAGCCACAGCAGGCCACCCUUGCCGCAUUGGGAAUCACGUUGCCAGCGGGCACAGCUCUGCAGCAGGUGCACCCGACGCCACCAGCACAACAGCAUCAGCAGGAGCUGAGCAACGUGUUGGUGACCCUACCUCCGCCGGCACCCAAGCAGACCAAAGCCAAGCGCGAGCGUAAGCAGCUGGCGCCGAAGCAAUUGCAGCAAAAGCCGCAGCUUCUGCAGCAGCCUCAAUUGCAGCAGUCCAGCCUGGAGCCCGUUGCUGCUCCAGCGGUGCCGCACAUCAAGAAGGAGCCGGUGCAGAACCAGGGUCCAUUCCUCGACCUGCACGGUCUCAGUCUGACUUCUGCCGAAGAGCUGAUCAUGGAGCAGGCCCUGGAAAUGGAGGAGUGCGGCCUAUACGAUGCCCCCAAUGCGAACACCGAGAUGGGGACAUCCGACAACGCAAUCUCAGACUCGGCCGCUGCUCUGCACUUUCAGAUUAAAAACGAAUUACCGGACGAUAUGUUGCCAGAUGAUGAUUUCAUGCCUUGUAAGCCCAGCGAUCGCCUAGCUUGCCCCUCACUGGAGUCCUCGCCGUUCUCGUCACCCGCCUCCAUGGAACUGACCGCCGUCUCCUCCUCAUCCAAUACCGCGACUUCGGCGCAAGCAUUGCCGGUGAGAUCUGGGAACUACUACCUGCCCGCCUUCACGCUAAAUGCGCAUGGCAAGCUCAGCAGUGCGGGUAGCAGCGCAGCGCAGUCUGUGACCACGAGUUUGGCCACCCAGACACCGUCUGUGUCCAUGGUGAAUGUGCCGCUGCUGGUGAGAUCUAACCAGAUGCUGCCCUCAGUGGACACGCUACUCUUUACCAACCAGACCGGCGGCAGUCGAUUCUUUGCGGGGAAGUCGGCGACAACGGCCUCGCCGCAUAUGACAUGAUCGGGCGGCGGCGACUGCUGCCCGCCAACAUGAACGCCUCAACGAUCUCCUGUGUCUUAGUUAAGUUAGCAGUGUCGACCAUGUUGUCGCUGACCACUGGCAAUCGUUUAAUGAAUUCGGACGAGUGUCCGUAGCUUAUUAAGAGUAUGACGCUACAUUUGUUUAAGUGAUAGACCUAAGCUGAUUUCUGCCUAGCCCGUAAGUGUAUUUGAGUGUAUAUAUAUAAACAUAAUGAUAAAUCUUUGAUUUGUACGCUUCACACCAAUAAUAAAUUUCGUACAUAUUUUAGUAAA